AUGCGUGAACAAGACAACGAUCGCUUUAUGCUUCCAAUAACACUCCCAAACCACUGCCAUUCUGGAUCCGAUGUUGGUCUCCCACCGUUUGCUUGCCAAUCGCUCGGCUGGCAAACAAACGCGGUCCUGGGGCCAGUGUACGGUAAAUUUGCUGAAAGUAUAGCCAUCAUUCUACUCUGCAUAUUUGGUCAAUGGGACGAGGAUCUCGUGACACGUGGUAAUAUCAUCAUUAGCGGAGUUGAUGGUGAGACCUUGACUAAAGUAUUACUGCCAGUGCUGACGAUGAAACGGACGUGGCUAAAGGGGUACCAUCUUUUGAUCGGUGGUGUCGCGGUAUGUCUGUGCGUAUGCUUUGUUUGA